CGGCAGAUUGGGUCUGCAUACAGCUGCGAGACUUUGGUCGAAGGAACCCCUUACCGUGUCGCCGACUGUUGGCCUCCUCGUAGUUCUCAAAGCGUGCUCUCUCCUGCUUGUUUGCUUGCUUGCCUGCCUGCCUGUUGGCCCUCCCGUCUGCCCGCGCGCCAAAACUGCGCCGUCGUUCCUACUGUCGCCAAUGGACGCGGACCCAGAGGAAGAAGCGCGCGCAGCAUUUGGAGCUUUCGCAAGUCCUUCUUCUUCUUCCUCGGCGCUAGCUUCAGAGCGGCCCAAUGGGCCUGCAGCAGCCAAGUCAGCUCCUGCGGCUGCAGCGCCUUUACUAGACGAACAUCGGCUCGAAGUGAUGGCCAAGUCGCAGACCAAACCGCUUCCGGCGAUCGGACAGAGAGAUACGCAAGGGGUGCUACUGCUUCUUGUUUUUAUACAUGGCUUCAAAGGCUCUGCCGAAACGACGUUCGAGGACUACCCCUCACGCCUCGCUCACAUCCUCCGCGAAACAUACCCUGCCCUUUCAGUGGAGACGCGCGUUUACCCCACGUACGAUACGCGCGGUCAGCUUUCCACCGCCGUCGAGUCCUUCACCGAGUGGCUCAUCGCGCUGUGUGUCAACUUGGAGUCCAAGCCGCUGCUCGAUGAGAAGUCCGGCAGGCCCAAGGACCCCAAGGAGACGGGGCGCGGGGGCGGUGCGGGUAGCGUCAAGGUCAUACUCUGCGGUCACUCUAUGGGUGGACUCGUAGCGGCUGACGCAGCGCUCAGCAUCGCCAACGAAGGCGGGCUGCGCGACGGCAAGCUAUGGCCACGUGUCUGUGCCGUCCUGGCGUAUGACACACCGUACCUCGGUGUACACCCAGCUGUCUUCAAACACAGCGUCGACAAAUACAGCGGUUACGUCAAAGUCGCAUCGGACGUCUCGUCCGCGCUAGCUCCGUUCGGCGCCGCGCUCGGUGCAUCGCUCGGCUUCGGCGCAGCAUCAACAGCUGCAGGCAGCAACCGUAGCAACCGCUCUGGCAGCAGCGGCUGGGGGCGCUGGGCCACGACGGGUGCCGCUGCCCUAGCCGCAGGCGCGGCGGGCGCGGGCCUCUACGCAUCGCGCGGCACGCUCGGCAGCUCGUACACCUGGAUCAGCUCGCAUCUCGACUUUGUCGGCACGCUGUGGGACCGGUCAGGUAGCGAUCGUCGCAUCGAAGAGCUGGGAAAGCUCGAGCAAGUCCUGUUUCAUUGCUAUUACACACGCUUGGGGCCCACCUCGAAUGCGGUUUUCAGUAGUGGUGCGGGAGCUGCCAAUGCCGGGACAAGCAGGGUAUUCAUCAUCUUACCACCGGCGGACAAGGAAGUGGCCAAGUCCUUCACGCCUUGUGUCAACACGCGAGCAAAGGAUGAAGUCGAUGCACAUAUCAGCAUGUUCAACCCCAUGAACAACGAUGAUUACUACCGGAUGGGGCAAGUAUCCGCCCUGGUGAUCGGCCGGUCGCUUGCCUCGGAGCGAAUGACAGGCACGCAAUCGCGUUCGCAACGCGAAACGGACGCCGACGAGCCACCCCCGGACCGCAUGCAAGGUUCUCGGCAGGGCGAUCCAGAGAUCCUAGCAGAGCAAGAGGCGCAAAAGGUGCAGCUGCAGGAGGAGGCGAAUGCUGCUGCGGAGGAGGCGGACAAACAGCAGGAAGAGAGGGACCGGGAGAUGGAGCGCAGGCGACAUCUGGAGGCGUUAGAGCGGGGGACAAACGAGCGGCAAGGGCCUUCCGUGCCGCCGGAAGAGCCGAGUCCGUGGGCGUGAAGCCUCGCUUCUUUCUCUCCUUUGCAUUUUAACCAUCUUUCUCUUUUUGCAAUACUGCACUGUAUCAUAGUACAAGCGUCAUCUGUCACCUAC